CCCAGAGGCAGAGGCGGCAGGCAGAAGAGGAAAACCAAACAGUCCAUCCGGCCCGCUAGCUGACACGCCACCCCCGCACGGCCGCGGGUACCCGAGCCGAGGCGAGGAGAAAAAAGUUGGUUUGCGCCAAAAAACAAACGGCGCCCGAAGCGGGCAAGCAGCGGGCGGGCGCAAGCAAGCGCGAGGCAGGCCACCAGUCCACCACCCGCGCCGCGGCAGCGCAGCAGCAGCGCGGCAUGGGCGCAACACUAAAAAGAAGCGACGCCUCCUCCUCCCCCCCUCUCUCUCCUCCUCCUCCCCCGCUCCCCACUCCUCUCUCCUCCCGCUCCGUGGCGAGCUGCCGCGGGGUCCCGGCGUGAUCUGGCGGUGGAAGGUGGCGGGGCGGGACAUGGAGGAGCGGCGGGACGAGGGGUUUGGAGGGGGCGGGGCGGUGCGGGAGCUGGUGCUGAUGCAGCAGGAGCGGCGGCGCCGGCGGGAGGAGGAGGAGGAGGAGGUGCGGCGCCAGAUGUUCGGGGGAGGCGCCGCGUUCCACGCUGCGGCGGCCGCGGCCGCGCUGGGCCAGCAGCACCAGCACCAGCAGGCGGAGUACGGCGAGCUCGGGGGCGGCGCGUUCUACGAGAGCGAGGCGGGCGGGUCGUCGGAGCCCGAGCCGCACGGGGCGUCCGACCGCCCGCGCGGGGGCGGGGGGUCCGGCAGCAAGCGCACCCGCGCCGCCGAGGUGCACAACCUCUCCGAGAAGCGGCGGAGGAGCAGGAUCAACGAGAAGAUGAAGGCGCUGCAGAGCCUGAUACCCAAUUCCAACAAGACUGACAAGGCGUCGAUGCUUGACGAGGCCAUUGAGUAUCUGAAGCAACUGCAGCUCCAAGUACAGAUGCUGUCUAUGAGAAACGGCGUUUACUUGAACCCAUCGUAUCUAUCUGGAGCACUUGAGCCUGUGCAAGCAUCACAAAUGUUUGCAGCACUUGGUGUUAGUGGGAGAAAUGUGGUGGCACCAAGCUCUGGGGCAGUAGCGCCACCUGUAAACCAAAGUUCAGGAGCUCAUCAUUCAUUCGAUCCGAUGAAUUCUCCUCAACAAAAUCAACCACAGCCUCUUGUGUUACCAAGCUGUCCUAAAACAACCAUUCCAGAGCCUCCGUUUCACUUGGAGUCGUCACAGCCCCACCUUCAAUCAUUUCAGUUGCCUGAAUCCUCCGAGAUGAUGUUGCGAGGGGAUAUAAUGCUGAAGCAUCACCUAACAUCAGCUCAGGACAGAGCUGAUCCAUCAGGAAACAAGAUGAACUCAUUAAGGCAAGAAUCAUCCAUGUUGAACACUCAUUUUGAUGGAUGCUCGCGUAGCAAAGAGCAGUCACAUGAUAUGGUACCAGCAAAUACACGGCAUGUGUAGCAGCUUAGGAAGUGAUCACCAGUGACACCGAAGAAGUCGGCGUGCGAAGGCAGGAUGACGUGACGUAGCUCAGCGAUCUAGCUACUAACCGGCAAGUCCGACAGUCAAAGCUUUGCCAAUCACUGACUGAUCUCUCCGUUACCGCUAUAUAGUUCUACUGUUAGUUCUUGAAGCGGCCUGAGCGCUUCAUCUUCACUUGGUAGUACUAGUAGCUAGAGAGAAGAACCCUGUAAAAUAUUGCUCAUCUGAUGCUCCUUUUUUCCAGUCAAUUUGAGGGCCUCAGGACUAGCAGGUAACUAGACUAGUCUGCCAUAAUAUGUUCUAUGAUGAUGAUGAGCAGCAGCACAGGCAGUAGCCGGUGCUCCUGGCGAAUUCAGAAUAUAUAUAAUCUGCCGGGAACUUUUUGAA